CAACCAACUACACGACCCACUUACCGCAGGAAUUAGGGUGUAAUUGAGGAUGGAAGCAUCAUCUCGUUUCGUACCAGAGCAUAGACGGUUAGCAUUUAAAGGCAAAGGAACCUUUCAGGCGGACGAGCUGCGUCGCCGUCGCGAAAACCAGCAAGUUGAGAUUCGUAAGCAAAAAAGAGAGGAAAACCUGAACAAAAGACGCAAUUUAGUGGAAACAUUAGAUACCGCAAACGAUGAAAGCUCCAGUAGUCUACAGGAAGCCGCUGCUGCCAUUGAUGCAGGUUUGCGAACCCAAUUGCCUGAAAUGCUUGAAGCGUUGUAUUCUGACAACAUUGAUGCUCAAAUUGGAUCAGUCUCGAAGUUCAGAAAGUUUUUGAGCAAGGAAAACAAUCCCCCUAUUCAAAAGGUUAUCGAUGCCGGUGUCGUUCCUCGAUUCGUCGAGUUUCUUUCCCAUGAAAAUCCGUUACUGAAGUUCGAAGCUGCUUGGGCAUUAACAAAUAUUGCUAGUGGCAACUCUGAUCAAACACAGGUUGUUGUGAGAGCUAAUGCUGUUCCUAUUUUCGUUUCUCUUUUAUCCUCUGAAGAAAAAGAUGUUCGCGAACAAGCCGUUUGGGCUUUGGGCAACAUCGCUGGUGAUUCGCCGAUGUGUCGUGACCAUGUGCUUCAGUGCGGUGUACUUGAGCCUUUGCUCGCCAUUAUCGGUUCAAGUAAGCGCCUUAGCAUGCUCCGUAAUGCCACUUGGACUCUCUCGAACCUGUGUCGUGGAAAAAACCCCCAACCUGAUUGGAGUGUAAUCUCUACUGCAAUUCCAGUGCUUUCAAAACUUAUUUAUUCUCUUGAUGAUGAUGUCUUGGUAAAUGCUUUGUGGGCCAUUUCCUACUUGACGGAUGGUACGAAUGAAAAAAUUCAGGCUAUUAUCGACGCCGGUAUUCCUCGCCGACUGGUAGAACUUCUAAUGCAUCCAAACACCCAAGUGCAAACACCUGCCUUGCGUUCUGUGGGCAACAUUGUCACUGGUGAUGAUGUCCAGACUCAGGUCAUCAUUAACAAUGGUGCUUUACGUGCUCUGCUCUCCUUGCUUAGCAGCCCCCGUGAUGGUAUUCGCAAAGAGGCUUGCUGGACCAUCAGCAACAUCACUGCCGGCAACCCUCAACAAAUCCAAUAUGUUAUUGAUGCAAACAUUAUUCCUUCCCUUGUUAAUUUACUUGCUAAUGCAGACUUUAAAAUUCAAAAAGAGGCUUGCUGGGCGAUUUCCAACGCUACGUCUGCUGGUGCUCACCGUCCUGAUCAAAUCCGUUACCUCGUCAACCAAGGCGUUAUCAAGCCUCUGUGCAACAUGCUGGCUUGCCAAGACAAUAAGAUUAUUCAGGUUGCGCUGGAUGGUUUGGAAAACAUUCUGCGGGUGGGUGAAGCUGAGCGCGCAUCCAACCCAGAUAAUAUCAAUAUGUACGCUGUGCUUGUUGAGGACGCUGGCGGCAUGGAUACAAUCCAUGAUCUUCAAAAUUCUGCCAACAAUGAUAUCUACCAAAAGUCCUACAACAUCAUCGAGAGAUACUUUGGUGAAGAGGAAGCCGUUGAGGAGGAGCUCGCACCUGAUGCAACUGCCCAAGGGUUCACCUUUGGAAGUACUUCGACACAAAUGCCUGCUGGAGGUUUCCAAUUUGAUUCUACGAAUAUGGAAGAUAUGAAUUUGUAAAAGCCACGGUUUUGAUGUUGUUUAAUUUACAUAAUAGUGCUAGGUAGGUUAAGAAAUCUAAAUGACUUAGAGUAUACGGUGACUCAAUGUACGAACAAUUACUUCAAUAAAUGGUCCUUUGUAAAUAAUAAGCUGCGUAUAUAAUCAAUAGAUGUUGUUAACCGUACCUCUG